GUGAGCUGUGUUGUACCAUAGUACAAAGAUUGUGUAAUUUUACUCGGAUAACAGCGAGAUGUUGCAGUGAGUAACACAUUACAUCUCGGACAGAUAAUUUGUUUUAAUCUUUAUUUCAUUUUUUGUAACGUGCAUUAUCAAACCUGCUGUUUUUUGCACCAAGACCAGAUGAGAUUUCUGGGUAUCUCUCAGCUCAGUUUGAGAAGACUCAAUGCCGUAUUCUCUGCAGGCACCGUCAGAGGCACCGCAAGCUCAGCCGCUAUGAGACUCGUCCAGUUCUGCCACAGAGGAGGCGAGGGGGGCGUCAGAGUCGGGGUGGAGCAGGCAGAAGGUCAGGGGGUCAUUGAUCUGAAAGCUUUCGACCCCUCAAUGCCUUCCACUAUGAGAGAGCUCCUAGAAAUGGGGCAAAAGGGAAUGGACUGUGCUAAGAGGGCUUUGUCCAGUGGUCAGCAUGUGGUGGCAAGGUCAGAUAUCAGGCUGCUUUCCCCAGUGACCGGCCCAGAGAAGGUGGUGUGUGUUGGUAUGAAUUAUAAAGAUCACUGCCUAGAGCAAAAUGCCCCAAUUCCUAAAGAGCCUAUCAUAUUCAGCAAGUUCCCCUCCACCAUCACUGGCCCAUAUGAUGACAUCAUUCUACCGGAGGAGAGUCAGGAAGUGGAUUGGGAGGUGGAACUUGCCUUUGUAAUUGGACGGAAAGGGAAGCAUAUUAAGGAAGAGGAGGCCCUUUCCUAUGUUGCAGGUUUCACUGUAGCGAACGACGUGAGUGCUCGUGAUUGGCAGAUGAAGCGCAAUGGAAAGCAGUGGUUGCUGGGAAAAACAUUCGACACAUUUUGUCCACUUGGGCCAGCACUGGUUACCACCGCAGCAUUUAAAGGUACUCAAAACAGAAAAUACAAAAAUCGGAGAAAAGUAAGACAGAUGUCGUAUUUGAGAAUUAAUUCUAGUGAUAUUUCUGCUCAAACAGAUAUUCAUAACCUGGGUAUCCGCUGUCUGGUGAAUGGGGCCACAGUUCAGGACAGUAACACCAAUCAAAUGAUCUUUCAAACCGAGAAGCUAAUUGCCUGGGUUUCACAGUUUGUGACUCUUUGUCCUGGUGAUGUGUUUUUGACUGGAACGCCUCCAGGUGUGGGAGUGUUCAGAAAUCCACCUGUGUUUCUAAAGAGGGGUGAUGUUGUGGAGUGUCAGAUUGACAAGAUCGGAUCGAUACGGAACACAGUCGUGUAACAGGAAGAUCUACAUUAACUGAAGUGCCACUACUACAUUUAAAAUGGUUUUAUAUCAUAAAACAUGGAUUAUUUUUAAACUGAAGAAAAUAAAGAUUUUUAUUUUCAUGA